ACCACAGCCAUGAGGGAGAUAUGAGCUGCCAUAAUCUGUCCCCUCCUAAUGCUGACUUUGUAUUUGCUGUCUACAAAAGUCUGGAUGCCAAAGCUGCUGCUGGAAAGAACAUCUUCUCACUGCUGGGCAUCUCCACGGCCCUGUCCAUGCUGUCUGCAGGGGCCCCUGGUGAAACCCACAGCCAGCUGUUUUCCAGUUUGGGUUACAGCAUCUUCAAGAAGACUCAGGUCAUUGAAGCGUACUUCUCCACAUGCUUGGAGAAGGAGAAACAGCAGCUGGAUGUCAGGAGCAGUGUGACUCUGCGCUCUGGCUUCACAUCACUGGAAAAAUUCCUGAAGGAUGGCAAACAGUGUUCAGAUCAAAGAUGUGUUGAAGGACCUUGA